UGAUUGAGGAGAGUCACCUCUAGAUUUUUUCACGCCGAUUUGGAAGAGCCUGUAUGCACCUAGAAAAUAACACCAACACCCACCCAUCCAGGACAAACAUGAAGUUAAGGAGGACUUUUGACUACUGAUCAGCAAGCCUGAGAAGAGUUGCUCACAUUCUUCAGACCCAACCAUCCGCAAAUGUGACAUCUGUAACGGAGACUUUCCCGUUGCCCGGAGACACUUCUAGAUUUGGAAACUUGCCACAGCCAACAUCUGGAUCACCUUAGUGUACAUUAUUGGUAUUAGAUGCGGCGUUUCCAUGCUGAUCCGGAAAACCACCCCUAAGUCAGCAUUUGCCUUGCUCAAGACUUUAGGCAUUUCCUUUGCCCAGGAACCUUGCACUGGGUCUCAGCUACCAUGCUGCACCACGCCGCUUUCUUAUUGCACUGCCUCCCACUGGUCAUGGGACAGUAUGACAUCUGCAAAUCCUGGGUGACCACCGACGACGGGCCGAUGUGGGAGUUUUACGCCUGCCAGCCGAAGUCUGUGCCCAUGAAGGACUAUGCUACCGUGAGAGUGGAUCCAUCAGGCAUCACCUGCGGAAAUCCCCCGGAGAGAUUUUGCACUCAUGAAAACCCAUACUUGUGCAGCGAUGAGUGUGACGCUUCCAACCCUGACCUGGCCCAUCCGCCCAAGCUGAUGUUUGACAAAGAAGACGAAGGCCUGGCGACGUACUGGCAGAGUGUGACGUGGAGCCGCUACCCGGAGCCCUUGCGGGCCAACAUCACCCUUUCAUGGAACAAGAGCAUUGAGCUGACGGACGACAUUGUGGUGACGUUCGAGUACGGGCGCCCCACCAUGAUGCUGCUGGAGAAGUCCUUAGAUAAUGGGAGGACUUGGCACCCGUAUCAGUAUUACGCGGACGAUUGCAGCGAAGCCUUUGGCAUGCAAGCCCGGAACGUCCGGGACCUGUCCGCCACAAGCGCCAACAGGAUCAUUUGCACGGAGGACUACUCCCGCUGGGCGGGCUCCAAGAAAGAGAAGAACGUACGCUUUGAGGUGAGGGACCGCUUUGCCAUUUUUGCUGGGCCGGAGCUCAGGAACAUGGACAACCUCUACACCCGCCUGGAGAGCGCCAAGGGCUUGAAGGACUUCUUCACGGUGACGGACUUGCGGAUGAGGCUCCUGAGACCAGCGCUAGGAGGCACCUUCGUGCAGAGGGAGAACUUAUACAAAUACUUCUAUGCGGUGUCCAACAUUGAAGUCACGGGCAGGUGCAAGUGCAACCUUCACGCCAACCAGUGCACCUUCAAAGAAGGGAGCCUGCAGUGCGAGUGUGAGCACAACACGACCGGGCAGGACUGUGGCAGGUGCAAGAAGAACUUCCGCAGCAAGUCGUGGCGGGCAGGAUCCUACCUCCCUCGCCCUAAUGGCUCUCCCAAUGUGUGUGCGGCUCCAAAUUUCGGCAAUUGCGAAUGUUACGGCCACUCCAACAGGUGCAGCUUCAUCGACUUCCUGAACCUGGUGACCUGCAUCAGCUGCAAACACAACACUAGAGGGCAGCACUGUCAGCACUGUCGGCUGGGAUACUACCGGAAUAGCUCCGCGGAGCUGGACGAUGAGAAUGUAUGUGUAGAUUGUAACUGCAACCGAAUCGGCUCGCUGGCCAACCGCUGCAACGAGACCGGGUACUGUGACUGCAAAGAAGGCGGCGUCACAGGGCCAAAGUGUGAUGACUGCUUGCCCGGCUACUACUGGAGACAGGGCUGCUUCCCCAACGUCUGCGACGACGAACUCCUGCUUUGCCAGAACGGGGGCACGUGCUACGCCAACCAGCGGUGCCUCUGCCCGCCCGGCUUCAAGGGCGUCCUCUGCGAGCAAACCAAAUGCGAGGGGGAAAACACGGAGUGCGACUCGGCCACCAGCACGUCCCUCAGCCCCUCGGCCUUCCUCCUCAGCGCUCUGGGCCUGCAGCUGCCACGGUUGUUGAAUCUCUGAGGACCCGGGAAGACGUUGCGGGAGAGAGGGGGAAGGAGAGAACCCGCAAGAUGAGAACGAGGCAUUCCAUCCUCCGAAAGCCUCUGCCCUCGAACUUACAGAAAGAGCGGGGUAGGUGGGGAUUCGAGGCGCCGAGGACCGUGGCUGGAUGUGUGCCGGGUCGCAGCAGAGACAGCACGUAUUCCAUCAUUGGAGAUGGAGUGUGUGUGUGGGGGGAAGCCUCUUGCCACGACUUGGGGAGGAAGCAAAGGACCCGUGAUGCUUCCUCUGAUCUUUUACGGGGUGACUCAACGCCCUUCCACUUUGCACAGGGGGAGUCUGCCAAAAAAUGACGGUAAUGAUAAUAUGCCACAAAUCUCCAGCAUUUAGUUGCUCAGCUGUUUUCCUUAGGCUGUUUUUUUCUCCCUUUUGUCUGUUGUUUUGGAAGUAGCGCUCUUAUCAGAGGCAGGCAGCUACGGAAGCGAGAGGGCGUGUGAGUCGGGGACUGGAAUCGCGAAGCGAACGCUGCCCUCGGCCCGCUUCAGCCCAGGCCUAAAAGUGAUAUCGUUGCCUACAAAUCAAGUUGCUGAAUUUAUUAAGUUUUUGUACUCCCCCCCCCUUUCCCCACCGUUUUUAUCCUUUGGUUGUAAGUCUUCAAGUUGUUCCUUUUCUCGCACUCGAGACCGGGACUUGGACAAGACCGCUUCGUAUCGCCGCCAAAGUGUAACCGUGUUAUCCAGGCUUCGCCGUAGAGUUUACGGUUUAAAUACUUUUCUGGGUAGAGAAUUAUUUUUGUUUGGAUUCUAAAUGUUCUAAAGCGAAAAAAGGAAAAAGAAAAACUACCACACAGCCUCUAGAGAGACAUUUUACCAUAAGCGUGAUGGCGUAAUAAUCCCACUACAAGUAAAGGAACUUAUUAAUUGCUGCUAAGCUUCCAGUUUUUAAUUAUUAUUAUCGGUUUGUUUCUGGCACCAAAAGCUCAAAACACAACAGUUGGGGAGUGAGUGGGGGGGGGGGGUGUUGUUAAGAGUUCACAGAUCGGUUUCUUUUAAAAUAGCUACUUUUAUUUUAUGAAAAUGAAACUUCUGUUACGCUUUCCUGGUUAUUUUCAUACACGUUGCCCUGAGGCUGCUAAAUCUUUUUCAGCAACGGCCUGACU